CACAAACCCAAUCAAACUAACCCUAACACCAAACAAACCACGCACGUAUAUAUAAAUCAAUCUUGUCGUCGACUUCAUUUCUGAACUCAAAACCCUAGCUGCAGCUGCACUUUCACUGAUCUACGCCUCCCGCGUCCCGCCCUCUAAAUCACAAAUAUGAAGGUUGUAGCAGCUUACUUGUUGGCUGUGUUGGGCGGCAACGCCUCCCCCUCUGCCGAUGAUAUUUCCGAUAUCCUCUGCUCAGUUGGAGCUGAGGUCGAUCAGGAAAGAGUCGAAUUGCUUUUGUCUCAAGUUGCCGGCAAAGAUAUUACUGAGUUGAUUGCUGCUGGAAGGGAGAAAUUGGCUUCCGUACCUGCUGGAGGUGGUGCAGUUGCUGUCUCCGCACCUUCUGGUGGAGGUGGUGGUGCUGCACCUGCUGCAGCUGCCGAGGCAAAGAAAGAAGAGAAAGUGGAAGAGAAGGAGGAAUCCGAUGAUGUAAGCUGGCAAAACUUGAAUACUUUUCCAACUUUCUUGAUGCAUAUAGUAUUCAUGUUUGCAAUGUUCUGAGAGGUUUACCUCCUGGACUAAUAAUAUCUAUUUCUUUUGCAGGAUAUGGGUUUUGGUCUCUUCGACUAAGAAAUUUGCAAAACAUUUGCAAUGGCAACUGUCUAUCUUUGUCGUAGUAGAGAAUUCUCUUUUUAUGAUUUUGACUUAGUUUUUAGUUGGAGAAGAAUUUGUUGCUUGAAUGAGUCCAGUUGCACAAUGAAGAUAUAAUACUCUCAAUUUUGAAUUUCAUGUUGUGUUGGAUUAAUGUACCUCUACUUCUUGAUUAGCUCCUAUGUUUUUGCAAGAUUGUUUUUCCUUUAGAAAA